AUGGGCCUCAAGAGUCUAGGACCAUCGACAUUUUAUUACGCGGUCCGGUCCGGUUUAGGAGGUGGUCCGCGGUUUCGCCUACAAGGGCCGGGCGGGCGACGUGGUGGUGGUUCGAAUAGCUCCGUGUUCGCGGUCACUGUUGAACGACUUUUUAUUUUGUUUCGUUCUCCAUCAAUCUUUGUCACUUUCUUGCACCAGUUGCAACGCACAAUUUCUCCUCGUUCGUCACAGUCAUGA